AUGGAGCCUCGCGUUGGGAAUAAGUUUCGUUUAGGUCGUAAAAUUGGAAGUGGCUCAUUUGGGGAGAUCUAUUUGGGUACUAAUAUUCAGACCAAUGAGGAGGUUGCUAUUAAGCUUGAAAAUGUGAAGACUAAACAUCCCCAGUUGCUUUACGAGUCGAAGCUGUACAAAUUACUUCAAGGAGGAACUGGAAUUCCGAAUGUUCGAUGGUUUGGUGUUGAAGGAGACUACAAUGUCCUUGUGAUGGAUUUGUUGGGACCAAGUCUUGAGGACUUGUUUAACUUCUGUAGUCGUAAGCUGUCUCUGAAGACCGUUCUCAUGCUUGCCGAUCAGAUGAUUAAUCGGGUUGAGUUUAUCCACUCUAAGUCAUUCCUCCAUCGAGAUAUCAAGCCUGACAAUUUUCUCAUGGGUUUGGGGAGGCGUGCAAAUCAGGUAUAUGCCAUAGAUUUUGGACUUGCCAAGAAAUAUAGAGACUCCUCAACACAUCAACAUAUCCCAUAUAGGGAAAACAAGAAUUUGACAGGGACAGCCAGAUAUGCUAGCAUGAAUACGCAUCUUGGCAUUGAACAAAGUCGAAGGGAUGAUCUGGAAUCACUUGGAUAUGUUUUCAUGUAUUUCUUAAGAGGAAGCCUUCCCUGGCAGGGACUGAAGGCUGGCAACAAGAAACAGAAAUAUGAGAAAAUUAGCGAGAAAAAAGUUUCAACGUCAAUAGAGGCCUUAUGUCGUAGUUAUCCCUCUGAGUUUGCCUCUUACUUUCACUACUGUCGAUCGCUUAGAUUCGAUGAUAAACCGGAUUAUGCCUACUUGAAGAGAAUAUUCCGCGACCUUUUUAUUCGCGAAGGUUUUCAAUUCGACUACGUAUUCGAUUGGACUAUCUUGAAAUAUCAACAAUCGCAACUCGCCAAUCCUCCUUCUCGCGCCCUUGGUACUGCUGCUGGAACUAGUUCGGGAAUGCCACAUGCCAAUAAUACCGAUAAACAAUCAGGUGCUGAUGACGGUAAAGGCUUGGGUUGGUCUGCAAGUGCAAACCGUGGCAGAAACUUCUUGAAUUCAGGCAAUUUGUCCAGACAAAAAGGCCCAGCCGUCAAUGAUGCUUCUGUGUCUAAAGAACUGUCAAGUUCCAACAUUUUCCGGCAAAUUGGGUCAUCGAGGAGGCCUGCUGCUGUCAGUCGAGAUGCCGAACUUCCCUCGAGCGAUGUUGACCCUUCUCGAGCUCGUGCAACCGAAUCACUCCGAAGAAACCCUAGUGCUGCACAACGAAGUUCGCCGGUUGUAUCAUCGGAUCAUAAACGUUCAGCCUCGACUAGAAACCUCCCAAAUGUAAGAAAUUUCGACUCGACCCUAAAGGGUAUGGAGAAUCUAAACUUUGGCAAUAAUGAUGAAAGGAUGCACAAUUAG